AUGUUUAAGACCAGUAGCGAAGACUUGUUUCUGCCUUCACCUGAGCUACUGGACAGCGUGCAGUCUGUGGAGGAAUCUGACGGUGACUGUGGUGGAAGCACCGUAUCGUUGGCCGAAGCCCUGCUCCCUGUGACGGAGUCCUCACCACCUCUAAUCCCCUGGGUUUGCUCAACCCGCUACAAGACGGCGCUCUGCACCAGUUACUCAGAUGAUGGUUUCUGCAAGUAUGCCGAGCGCUGCCAGUUUGCCCACGGCCUCCACGAACUCCAUGUUCCCUCACACCAUCCAAAGUAUAAGACAGAGUUGUGUCGCAGCUACCACACAGGUGGCUACUGCUACUAUGGCAACCGUUGCCUGUUUGUCCACAGUCCCACAGAGCAACGCCCCACCCUCCGUCGUCGCAGGAACGUCCCGUGCCGCACCUUCCGUGCCUUUGGGAUUUGUCCCUUUGGAACCCGCUGUAACUUCCUGCAUGUGGAGGGCAAAGAUGAAGAUGGCUGUCACGAUUUGGCCAGUUUUGGUGAAAAGACCUCAUUUGUGCAAAACCCUCAGCACCAUCAAAAGACCAAGGGGUGGAAACCUCGAGGGGCUCUGUGCCGCACCUUCAGCACCUUUGGUUUCUGCCUGUACGGAACCCGCUGUCACUUCCAGCACGGCCUCCCUAACAGGAUAAAAACCUCCAGUCAACACAAAGGGUUGCUGUCCACUUCACGUUUACCUUCUGCAUCAGACUCUUCAGCCUCAUCAUCUCCUCCACCCACCACCCCAGACGCACCAGCACACAAUGCUUUCACCUUCUCCAGUCAGCACUUAAAUGAUCUGCUCCUGCCACUGGCCCUCCACCUGCAGAAGCUGGAGAGCACAAAGGCCCAGGAGAUCUGGGCCAACAGGGUGCUCUAA